AUGCUUCACCUGCAUAAUACCAUCAAAAUAUUUUGCUUUAUUUAUUUUCGCAUAUUAGGUAGUCAUUUAAUUUCUAACGAAGGAAGUUUAUUGAAAUGUAGACGAUUUAUAUGGACAUGUGUGAAUGAAGGUCAUGGAUGCUUAAAUUAUAUCGCUCCACAAACACGUUUACGCGUUGUUGACAAUAGUCCCUGGAGUAGUAUAGCACCAUCAAAUAUUACAAGUAGUGGUAAAGAUCAUUCAGGCAAAAAAGUGACACCUAGUGAACAGAAAACAUCUAAAAUAGUUAAAAAUGAUAAAGAUGUAAGACAUUUACUUGCUCUUGGCUCAAAAGCACUUGCCAUAAAACCAGCAAAAUGUAUUCGUGUUUAUAAUAAAAAGGAUAGAGGAAAAAUUGGUGACAAAGUACUAGUCGCCGUUAAUGGAGAAAUGAAGAAAGGUUGGAUUGUUGGUUGCCGAUUACCAUCUCAAAAUGGUUGGCCACGGUUUGAGUCAAAUAAUAUUGUUCUGGUUGAUGAUGAUGGCAAUCCUUUAGGCACACGUAUACUUGUACCAAUACCUGCACGUUUACGAAGUUUAUCUGGAGAUAUAACAAAAAUUUUGUCAAUAGCCAGUUCAUUUGUAUAA